AUGGCGAAUGGCGGCAACUAUCCUCAAGAAAGUCUGAACCCGUUCGAUAGCUCCGUAUACCCUGGCCGAAGAUCAGCAUUCGUGGAGGAAUUGAACACAAGUGACGAGGAAGACGAGGAAGUCAGAGAAGCCAACCAAGCUUCAGAAAAGACAGAACAGGACUAUAGCUCAAGCAGAAUAGGGGUUGUUGAUAUACUACGGUUCAUAUUCCUGGUUAUUACCGUAUCAUCAGGUCUAUCCUACUACAUUACCUCCGAUUCGAUAAUAUGGGGAUAUAAACGGCCGUGGUUCACACGACUACCAGUACUUGUGAGAUAUCUGAAAGGCCCUCUGAUUCUCUCCCGUGCUGAAUUGUCGUUAUACAACGGCACAGACCCCGACCUCCCGGUAUAUGUCUCCGUCAAUUACACAAUAUACGAUGUAUCGGCAAACCGACACAUGUACGGCCCAGGAGGGGGGUACGGGUUCUUCUCCGGUCGAGACGCAACCCGUGCUUUUGUAUCGGGCUGUUUCAAGGAAGACUUAACCUCUGACUUGCGCGGCUUAGAAGAAAUGUAUCUGCCCGUGGAAGAUGUGCCAGAUGAGGGAUUGACCAACGCCGCAAAGAAGAUUCGGCGAGAAAAGGAGCUCAGAGAAGCGCGAGCAAACGUCAAAAGGCAGGUUUUACACUGGCAGAACUUCUUCGCCGACAGUCACAAAUACUUUGAGGUCGGCAAGUUGAUACGUGACGGUGAAGAUGAGCAAGGGGAGAAAAGAGAGCUGUGCGCGAGUGCCCAGGCAUCAAGACCGAAGAGGUCUGAGAUGAAGAAGGGUUCAGCCGCGAAGAGCCAACCUACAUAUCCUCCAGGUGUAAAAAAAGGAGGCAAACGCUGA